AUGGCAUUUUGUGUCUAUGCUCUGGGAGUAAGCCCUCGCAAAUCUUUUAAGUCUUCCCCUGUCUGGCCUCAUCUACCUGCUCCCAGACCCCUCGGGCCCAUCGUCCUCUGGAGACGAAGCACUGUUCCUUCAAUUAAGUCGCAGAGUUCCAAUGGAGAGAUAUUUGAAGUUGAUGUUGAAAUUGCCAAACAGUCUGUGACAAUCAAGGCCAUGCUGGAGGAUUUGGAAAUGGAUGAUGAAGGAAAUGAUGACCCAGCUCCUCUACCACAUGUUAAUGCAGCAAUAUUUAAAAAGCUCAUUCAGUGGUGUACCCACCAAAACAAUGACCGUCUUCCUCCUGAAGACAACAAGAACAACAACAACAAAAAAAGUGAACAGAUUGAUGAUAUCCCUGUUUGGGACCAAGAAUUCCUGAAUGUUGAUCAAGGAACCCUUUUUGAACUUAUUGUGGCAGCAAACUACCUGGACAUCAAAGAUUUGCUAGCCGGGUAUUUGCUUGAUGUUACAUGCAAGACUGGUGCCAAUAUGAUCAAGGGGAAAACUCCUGAGGAGAUCUGCAAGACCUUCAAUAGCAAAAAUGACUUUACUGAAGAGGAGGAAGUUAUCAUUGGGAUCUUGCUGUGA